GUAGACAGAUCUAAAAUAUUAGAAGAGAAUCUAAUCUAUAGAACUAUUAGAUAUAGAUCUAUCUAGUGUAGAAUGGCCUCAAAAAUUAUCAGAAAAAUUAUAAGUACCCCUAAAGCACCCAAAGCUGUUGGUCCAUACAGCCAAGCAGUUCAAGUUGACAACACAUUGUAUGUGUCAGGACAAAUAGGUUUCAUCCCUGAAACAAUGGAGCUUGCACCUGGAGGAGCCGUUGGAGAGGCUGAUCAGGCAUUGAAAAAUCUUGGUGCUAUUCUUGAAGCUGCUGGAACUUCUUAUGAAAAUGUUGUCAAGACAACAGUACUCUUACAAAGUAUUAAUGACUUCACUGCUGUGAAUGAGGUUUAUGCUAAAUACUUUCCCAAAAACAAGCCUGCUCGAGCUGCUUACCAAGUGGCUGCACUUCCCAAAGGUGCUAAUGUGGAAAUUGAAGCCAUAGCAAUAGUUGGUGAAAUCCUGGAUUCCUGACUAGCAUCAAAAAGCAAUCUGUAGUUUCAUAAUGAAAAAUAUCAUUUUGAAUUUUAAAAAAGAUGCUCUAUGUAAACAGAUGAAUAGUUAUCAGGCAAGUAAUGAAUUCAGAAUUGAUAGUGUUUGUGUUGAUACUUUAAAAAAAUGUUACAAUUGAAUUUUUUUUUUUGAACAUGAUUGUCAAAUUAUGGAAUGCACUUUUUUUGAUGUCAAAAAAUACUGGGUUAAAAUGCAUUGAUGCCAAUUAAAUUUGACUUUAAGCCCUAGUCAUUUGUACUUUACCCACAAUGUUAAUCCCAUUCUCGUUUGGUAUGUUUUACAUUUUUUUUUUUAUCUUAGAGACAGUAUUACUUAAGAAACAUGUUGAGCGUUUAAUACACUUUUAUUUGUAUAAAAAAAAAAGCCUAUAUCUAUACAAUAUCAUAUAAUUAUACCUUUUGAUGACUGCCUUAAUAUCACAAUUCAACUUAUACAAGUUUGUAACUAAAUUUAAUGUAUUCUCUUGGAUGAAUUCUGUUAGUUUAAACUUAACUUGUGAAUUAGUUCUUUCAACCUUUUUUCUUUUCAUUAUUUAUUUAACUUUAAUUGAAAGAUCUUUUGAAUUGUUCAUUUUGGAAUGCUGAAUGUUUUGUUCUAGAUUGGGACAUUAUAUACUUCCAAUGUGUUUAUUCCAGAUGUAUUCUUGUAUCUAUUAUUCCUGCUUUUUCUUUUUUUGAAGAAAAUUAAAAUCCAAAAACUUAA